AUGAGCUACGGGGCUAAGCGCCACCGGGGAAACCCGCGGCGCGACGGUCCGUCAGACCGCCCUGGGUACAGGGGCCGGGUCACGGCUCCCUACGAAUUCAAGGUUGACGAAGCGCUAUACCAGAUCAACCACGAGGCAGCGACUGCCCUGCGGCGGCGGAUAUUGGUUAGGGAGGAGGCGGAAGGCUUCGAUAUCGGACCCUGCCAGUUCAGACAGAUAUCCCAAUUCAAGCCCUUGGACUUACGCGCUGCCCCGCCGAGGAACCACAUGGGCGCCGCUGAGGGCGGCUGCCCAUUGUGCGCUUCGGGACCGCAGCGUCUAUCGCAAUCAACAACAGCGUUCCUGGCAAUGGAGCAGCAGCGGCACGCCAUACUCUUCGACCAGCUCGUGCUCUCGCCAAAGCAGCACUUGCAGAGCACGCUGUAUCUCGAUGACAACACCUAUACCGAGAUCCGGAAUUACCAGAAAACUCUGGUGCGCAUGUUCGACGAGCAGGGUAAGGCCGUCGUGUUCGUGGAGGUCUCACUGCGGGACCCGUACCUGCGAAACAAGGAGGACGGGGGCACGCGGCGACACCAGCACUGUCGCAUCGACUGCUUCCCGAUCCCUUCUGAGGCCCUGGAUGAGGCGAGGAGCUUUUUUCGCAAGGCUGUCGGCGAGCUGGUGCCCGAGUGGGCGAGGAACAGGAAGGUAAUGGAGGUCAAGGGCAAGAGCGGUGUUCGCGAGCUUAUACCAAGGGGGUUCGACUUCGUGUACGUAGACUACUCGCUGUCUGGUGAUGGCAUAGCGUGCGUGGUGGAGGACGGCAGCGGCGUGCCGAUGUCCUUCGCCAGAGAGGUCGUUGCCGGCGUGCUCAGGAUGGAUGCCAUGGCACGCGCAUUCAGGAAACCAGACACUUAUACGCAGGCGCUCAGCUGGCUGCGUAACCAGUACCAAAACUUCGAUUGGACUAACAUUAAGUAG